ACAUCACCACCAGGAAGAUCUUUCUACACUGUAUAUAAGCAGAUCAUGGCAGGAAUUUCAUCCCACUAAAAUGGAUAUCAAAGACAAAAACCUUCUACAAUGUUCCGCUAACAAAGUAAUAACACGUGAACCGGAGAGAGAACCCGGUGAGAAUCCCUCGGAGGUGAGGAUAACAAACGAGUCUCGAUACUUUAAGAGCUACGAGUUUAAACAUAAGUAUGACCAAACAAGAAAUAAGACCACUGAAUACCUUUCUAUGAUUUGUAUCAAUGCUAAUAAUCUAAAGUAUAAUUUUGACAAAAUUAAUGAUUAUCUGGAAGAGCUCGGUUAUCCAUGGGAUAUAAUUGGAUGUUCGGAGACGUUUCUUAAAAAUGGUGACCCCUCUUUGCACAUUUGCCACUAUACUUUCGUGGGUAAUGAAAGGAAAGACAAAGCAGGUGGUGGGGUGGCAUUUUUUGUGCAUAACGGCAUCACUUUCGAGAGAAGAAAAGAUCUUACAGUGCAAGUUAAAGACUGUGAGACACCAUGCAAUUCACUUUUCAUUGAAGUAACUGGCAUAGCCAGUAGAAACAUCAUUUUUGGUGUCAUUUACAGCCCAUCAUUUGUGAGAAAAAAUCACAUGGGUGAAUUUCGAGAUUCUGUUGCAAAUGUUUUUGCAAAGAUAGCUGAGGAAAACAAAGUACUUUUCAUCAUGGGAGACUUCAAUAUCAAUCUUUUAGACAGACGUUAUAAAAAGUUUCUUAAUGCUGUAUUCAAUUAUAAUUACAAGCCACUCAUUAACAGAUCAACCCGUGUCUGUAUCACUGAAACUAAAGAGUCAAGGACAUUAAUUGAUAAUAUAUAUACCAAUGCCAAGUAUGCAACUGCAGACACAGGGGGGAUAUUGUUAAGUGCUGUAUCCGAUCACUUUCCAAUAUUUCAGUUCAUUUCAUUGGAUAAAGUAAAUAAUGCAGUAAAUUGGAAAGUUAGUAUUGAAGACAAACAAGCAUUUAAAACUCAUCUUAAGAACGAAAUUGCAUAUAAAACAAUAAACGGUUUUUCUUUAACUGACACAAAAUUAGUAUUAAGUCGAGAAACAGAAAAAUUUUAUAGAUGGACAAGUAAAAUUAAAAGUGAUUAUUAUAUAACGAAAUUCCAAAAUGAUGAAGUAAAGCGUGAAAUUAUUAAUUUUAUUAAUGUAAUGAUUAAAGACAAAUUUAAAUGUAGCAAACCUUGUGCAUGUAUUUGUACUUCUGAAUAUAAAAUGGCACACAUGCCACAAAGUGAAUUUACAUACCAAUAUUUCUGUGGGACUCGUAAGGAAUUUGUAAAAACACCUUCAGAUGGCCUCUUUACAGAUACAACGUCUGAAGAGAUUGUAGAAUUGAUUCACCAGAUUAUUAAAGAUAAUUCCCAUCUCAGCUUACAUAGAUUUUGUCCGCAACUUAUAACAGAAGACUUAAAUUUGACUGCAUCCCUAAGCAAAGUUUUCAAUCAGUCUUUACGUGAAGGUAAAAGUCCUGAUUAUUCCUCACUGCAUUCCUUGAAAGAGGUUGUUGAGCAAUGGCAGGUUUGGGAGAAAUGCGUAUUUCCCCAAUUUGAUGACAUUUUUGAAAAAAUUGUUUGCAAGCUAACGAAGAAUUUAUUAGACAAAAAUAAACUGACUUACAACAAUCCGCACUUGUUUGAAACUCAAAAAGUGAACAAAAUGGCAUAUCUUGUUAACAAUGUACAAAGGGCUCUUAACGACAAACUCUCUCCAAUUGGUGUAUUCUUUAGUUUAAAAAGAUCAGAAAUAGACAGUGGAAUCCUUUCAACAAAAUUAAAGAAAACUGGAAUAUAUGGAGCUCUUUUAAACUGGUUAUCAAGCUAUUUUAAAAGUAGAUAUCAAAAUACCCCAAGUACAUGUAACUCAUCCUUGUUAGACCUUCUGUAUGCCAAUGUCAUGACUGACAUUUCAAAUUAUCCCAUUAUUGUAAACCAAAAUGAAAUAGUCAUAAUUUGUACUAAUGAAAAAAAAGGUAAAAAAUCAGCAUGGUAUGAAAAACUGAAAGAAACUAUGGACAAUCUUUACAAAGAAUUAGAUGAAAAUGGCCUAUCCGUAGAAAGAUGUUGUUACAUAAGAUUUAGAAAUGAGGAAAACAAUGGUAAACCUGUACAAGACCAAACAGCACCAAAGGAAAGCAAUGAGAAAUUCAAACGUGUUGAAAAAACAACAUUCUGUGGGAUAAGUAUUGAUUCUGGCGUAAACUUUCACACUGGUGAUGAAAUGCAUGCUUGUGAAGAACAGAAAGUCAUCGAUGAGUGUAGAAAACGAAAUUUACUUCCUCCUGAAGUCCUCACUGCUGCACAACUUUGCUGCAUGAAUGUGGCAGAGCUAUAGACUACAAGCAUGGAUCACAUUCAUUCCUUCCUUUAAAAAAUAAAUGGGGAUGAAUGUGUUGAAUGGUAUAGCAAGGAAUGUUCACGUACAUGUUCACUAUUGUUUACUGUUUAAGUUUUGAUAGUCAAAAAUUUAAUUAAAAUUAAAAUUUAUUAAUUUAAUUUUAUAAAAAAUAGUACAAUGGAUUGUGUUGAUUUUAUGUUACAAUUAAGCCAUGUGAAUUGUAUUAAUCACAUAUUAAACUGAAUAAAAUAUAGAAACGAGAAAGGAAAUAAGAACAAAAAAGAAUAACAAAAAGAGAAA